AGAAAUCCUUAGAUCUCUUUUCUUUAAAAAAAAAAAAAAAUCUAGAAACCAUCGGUAUUUUGUUGUGCUGCUUCCUAUUUGCAAGAUGAAGAAGUUUUUCGACUCCAGACGAGAACAGGGUGGCUCUGGCCUGGGCUCGGGCUCCAGCGGAGGAGGGGGCAGCACCUCGGGCCUGGGCAGUGGCUACAUCGGAAGGGUCUUUGGCAUCGGGCGACAGCAGGUCACUGUGGACGAGGUGUUGGCAGAAGGUGGAUUCGCUCUCGUGUUUCUAGUGAGGACAAGCAAUGGAUUAAAAUGUGCCUUGAAACGUAUGUUUGUCAACAAUGAGCAUGACCUUCAAGUGUGCAAGAGGGAAAUCCAAAUCAUGAGGGACCUGUCAGGGCACAAGAACAUUGUGGGUUACAUUGAUUCUAGUAUCAACAAUGUGAGUAGCGGUGAUGUAUGGGAAGUUCUCAUUCUGAUGGACUUCUGUAGAGGAGGACAAGUAGUAAAUCUGAUGAACCAGCGCCUACAAACAGGAUUUACAGAGAAUGAAGUGCUCCAGAUAUUCUGUGAUACCUGUGAAGCUGUUGCCCGCUUGCAUCAAUGCAAAACUCCUAUUAUCCACCGUGACCUGAAGGUUGAAAAUAUCCUCUUGCAUGACCGAGGCCACUAUGUCCUGUGCGACUUUGGAAGUGCCACCAACAAAUUCCAGAAUCCACAAACGGAGGGAGUGAAUGCUGUAGAAGAUGAGAUUAAGAAAUACACAACGCUGUCCUAUCGAGCACCAGAAAUGGUCAACUUGUACAGUGGCAAAAUCAUCACUACGAAAGCAGAUAUUUGGGCUCUUGGAUGUUUGUUGUAUAAAUUAUGCUACUUCACUUUGCCAUUUGGGGAGAGUCAGGUGGCAAUUUGUGAUGGGAACUUCACAAUUCCUGAUAACUCUCGAUAUUCUCAAGACAUGCACUGCCUAAUUAGGUAUAUGUUGGAACCAGACCCUGACAAAAGGCCGGAUAUUUACCAGGUCUCCUACUUCUCAUUUAAACUACUCAAGAAAGAAUGCCCAAUUCAGAAUGUACAGAACUCUCCCAUUCCUGCAAAACUUCCCGAACCUGUGAAAGCCAGUGAGGCAGCUGCAAAAAAGACCCAGCCAAAGGCCAGACUGACAGAUCCCAUUCCUACCACAGAGACUUCAAUUGCACCCCGCCAGAGGCCUAAAGCUGGGCAGACUCAGCCAAACCCAGGAAUCCUUCCCAUCCAGCCAGCCCUGACACCUCGGAAGAGGGCCACAGUUCAGCCCCUACCUCAGGCUGCAGGAGCCAGCACUCAGCCUGGCCUACUGGCCAGUGUUCCCCAACCAAAAGCUCAGCCCCCACCAAGUCAGCCUCUGCCACAGUCUCAGCACAAGCAGCCACAGGCUCCUCCCACCACACAGCAGAUGCCUUCCACCCAGGCCCAGGGUCUGCCCUCUCAGGCCCAGGCCACGCCCCAACACCAGCAGCAGCUUUUCCUCAAGCAGCAGCAGCAGCAGCAGCAGCAACCACAACAGCCACAGUCACAGCCACAGCCACAACAGCCACCACCACAGCAAGCAGCAGGCACCUUUUACCAGCAGCAGCAGCAGCAGCAGCAGCAGCAGCCACAGCAGCCGCAGCAGCAGGCCCAGACUCAGCAGUUCCAGGCAGUCCAUCCAGCAACCCAGCAACCAGCAAUUGCUCAGUUCCCCGUUGCAUCCCAGGGAGGUUCUCAGCAGCAGCUGAUACAGAACUUCUACCAGCAGCAGCAGCAGCAACAGCAACAGCAACAGCUGACCACAGCCCUGCAUCAACAGCAGCUGAUGACUCAGCAGGCAGCCCUGCAGCAGAAGACUGCUGUGGUGGCACCGCAGCCCCAGGCCCAGCCAGCAGCAGCGACACAACCAGCUUCUGCGCAGGAGUCCACUAUUCAAGCCCCAGUAAGACAACAGCCAAAGGUUCAGACAACCCCACCUCCUACCAUCCAGGGACAGAAAGUUGGAUCUCUCACUCCUCCAUCAUCUCCUAAAACCCAACGUGCUGGGCACAGACGUAUUCUCAGUGACGUAACCCAUAGUGCAGUCUUUGGAGUCCCUGCCAGCAAAUCAACCCAGCUGCUUCAGGCAGCUGCAGCUGAGGCCAGUCUCAAUAAGUCCAAGUCUGCAACCACCACCCCAUCAGGCUCGCCUCGGACUUCACAGCAAAACGUCUAUAAUCCUUCAGAAGGUUCUACAUGGAAUCCCUUCGAUGAUGACAAUUUCUCCAAACUCACAGCUGAAGAACUGCUAAACAAAGACUUUGCCAAGCUAGGGGAAGGCAAGCAUCCUGAAAAGCUUGGUGGCUCAGCUGAGAGUUUGAUCCCAGGCUUCCAGUCAACCCAAGGUGAUGCUUUUACCACUUCCUCAUUUUCUGCUGGAACUGCUGAGAAAAGGAAGGGUGGGCAGGCUGUGGAUUCUGGAGUCCCACUUCUAAGCGUGUCUGAUCCUUUUAUUCCACUUCAAGUACCUGAUGCACCAGAAAAAUUAAUUGAGGGACUCAAGUCUCCCGACACUUCUCUUCUGCUCCCUGACCUCUUGCCUAUGACAGAUCCUUUUGGUAGCACUUCCGAUGCUGUAAUUGAAAAAGCUGACGUUGCUGUUGAGAGUCUCAUACCAGGACUGGAGCCUCCAGUUCCCCAGCGCCUCCCAUCUCAGACAGAGUCUGUGACCUCAAACCGCACAGCUGCAGAAGAUAGUAAUCUCAUCUCAGGUUUUGAUGUCCCUGAGGGCUCCGAAAAGGUGGCAGAAGAUGAGUUUGACCCUAUUCCCGUACUGAUAACCAAAAACCCACAAGGUCUCCAGAGAGAGCCCAAUCCCUGCCCUGUAAUUACUGUAGAGCACUUUAAAGAAUCAAUGGGCAUGAAAGGCCUUCCCCUGUAUCCAGACCCCUCCAAAGUACUUGGUGCAAAGACUCAGAACAACUUAGAAUCUGACUACUUGGCCCGAGAUGGUCCUUCAAGCAACAGCUCCUUCCACAGCAGUGAAGAGGAAGGGACUGACCUGGAGGGAGACAUGUUAGACUGCAGUGGGUCUCGACCUCUCCUCCUGGAGUCUGAAGAAGAAGACGAGAGCUGUAGGCCUCCACAGGGAAAGCUGGGAGCAGCCAUUGCCUUUACUCCAUCUGAAGUCUCUACUGAGCAAGCAAAAGUGGUACAAGGUGGAAGAAAGAAUCAGUUCCAGCCCCUCACACAGUCAGCCACUGAUGGUCACAGUGAGCCAGAUGUUUUUGCCACGGCUCCCUUCAGGAGCUCAAGGAUUCCAACAGAUGACACAGACAUUUUCUCCAAAGCCCCAUUUGUCUCCAAAGGUAAUGUGGCUUCUUCCCAGUCGGAGGAGGUGGACGUGUUCUUAAGAGCUCCUUUUACCAAGAAGAAGAGCAUGGAAGAGUUACCAGUUGCCCAGGCCUCCCAGGAGCUGCCUUUGCCAGCAGGUCUCCUCAGUCAGACGGGUGAUGUUCCUCUUCUCUCAGGUCUUGAUAGAGCAGUAUACACCUCUGUCCAAGCUCAGUAUUCCCUAGCUGGUUUUGUGCAACAAUCUAACCUCCCCUCCCAUCCUGUGCAAGCAGCAGACCAUCUUGACAGCUUUUCUCCCAGAGGAUCCUCCAUGGAAUCAGGGGUCCAUCCUAAUGACAGAAACAAAGGACCUCAACCCCAGAAAGAAGCUGUCUCAAGCCCUGUGGCUGGCAAACCAUUCCGACCCCAGUCUUUAUCCAAAUAUUCCCGUCACUAUAGUCCAGACGACGAGCCAAGUCCAGAAGCUCAGCCCAUUGCGGCCUACAAAGUUGUUUCACAAACCAAUAAGCAGUCAAUAGCUGGCUCUGUUUCCAUCACAUCACUUUCCUCCAGGACUACAGAGGUGCCUGCUGCUGAUCCUUUUGCUUUAGCACCCUUUCCUUCUAAAGCAGGCAAACAGAAACCUUAGGAGCAGUAUGGAGCCUAAGGCUUGAUGCCACCUCACCCCACCCCAUCAGUACCCACCACACCACUCCUAGCUGAGCCUUCUCAAGAAGUAAUACUAUCAGUUACUUUCUUUCAGUCUCCUGCAUCCAAGCAAUCUCUUCAGGUCAGCAAACUCAGUUUCAGUGACUCUUACCUGAAGCCCCUUUAAGUUAUGCUUAUUUCUUUUGUUCAUAUUGACUUCUGGACCACCUUUCAUCUCUCUCCAGAAUUCUUCAUUGUUGAUUUUUUUGUUUUGUCCCCUCCACCCUCCAAAAUUUUUAAUCCAGGAAUAGUUUACCCCUAAUUUCCAAGGGCCAUAUUAUUGCUAGUUUUAAUUCUUGAAGCUCCUGUUCUGAGUCAUAGCUAUUUGAAGAGUUACAGUUAAUCUUUCCAGAACCCAAUUAAAUACUCUGGGAAUGGGGAGAUUUCUAAAAAGAAAAGCAAUAUAAAAAACAUCCUGCACAUUAAGAAGUAUAAUCCUGCAGCUACUACUCAUUCCUAUAGAACCAGCAUCUCUUGAAGAAGGCUGUGGAUCUGUUUCUGGGUCUAUGUGCAAGUCAGGCUGGCCCUUGUACAAGAGUGACUGUGGUAUGUAGUGUGUCAGAUUCUCUUUUAUAUAGACAUGCACAAAGUCAUGUGAAUGGGGCCUUCUCCCCAUCCAUACUAUUUAAAGUUAGUAUGGAUAUUCAGUUAUGUGUGGUGCAUGGGCAUGCAUGUAUGUGUGCAUAUGUGUGUGUGCACAUGUCUUUUUUCCUUUAGGUAAAUUUUACCCCUCAUACCUACCUCCACUGUCAAAUCACUCAUUUACUGGCAUUUGCCUGCUGAUUUAACUAACUUGAACCUUUCUUUUAUUGAUGGUGGGUUUGGUUUUUUCCCCCCCCUCAAGGCAAGACUGAAUUCAUUUGAAGGUAUGGGGGAAAUUCUGCUGGAACAAGUUUCAUAAUGGAUUUAUUUUCCUCAAAAUUUGUUCUAUGCUAUUAACAAAUUCAAUUGAUAUAGCAUCAUUAUAAAAAUUGUCAUUAUAUGUUUUCUUCUUGAAACAAUAGAAAAGAAGCUGGGCACUAUUGGCUCAUACCUGUAAUCCUAGCUGCUCAGGAAGCUUAGGU